AUGCCGCCGCCGAAGCGCAUGACGGCCAACCCAGCGCGGCCGGCGCGGUGGCGCGCCGGCAAACCGGCCGGCCAAGAAUCAGCAUCGUCAUCAGCAGAGUCGGACGGCAGCGAUGCCGAGGCGCCCGCCGUCCCUCCACCCCCCAAGGCAAGGAGCGCGGGCAAACUAGCGAGCGGCCUCGCAAAGGUAGACCUCGACGCGCGCCGGAAGGAAGCCGCGGAGGAAGAAGAAAGGCGCAGAGCGGAAGCCGAGCGGGCAGAGAGGCUAGCCGCGGAACAAGGCUUCGUCACGGAAGACGACCAAGGCGAGCAGGAUGACGAGUCGCAAGAAGAAGAAGAAGAAGAAAGCGGCUCGUCCGAGGGGGAAGGCGGCAGCAGCAGCAGCGAGGAAGAGCAAGAAGCGCCCAGAAGGCUCAUGAUGCGGCCGAAAUUCGUGCCCAAGAGCCGACGCGGAAAGGAAGCGCUCGACGAGGAACAGUCAGCGCAGGCAGCCCGGCUCGCCGACGAGGCCGCCAGGCAAAAGGCAGCCGACGAGCUCGUCGAGGAGCAGAUAAAGAGGGACCUGGCUGCGCGCGCGGCCGGCAAGAAACACUGGGACGACGACGAGAACCCCGACUCGGACGUCGACACCGCGGAUGGGCUCGACCCGGCGGCCGAGGAAGCAGCCUGGCGCGUGCGCGAGCUGAAGCGCCUCAAGCGCGCCAGGCUGGCCAUCGAGGAGCGCGAGCGCGAGCUGGCCGAGGUCGAGCGCCGGAGGAACCUCACAGAGGAGGAGCGCAGGGCCGAAGACGAGGCCCACCUCGCGAGGCAGCGCGAGGAAAAGGAGGGCAGGGGCAGGAUGUCGUUUAUGCAAAAGUACUACCACAAAGGGGCCUUCUUCCAGGAGGAGGCCGAGGCGGCGGGCCUCCUGCGGCGCGACAUCAUGGGGACCAGGAUUGCAGAUGACGUGCGGAACAGAGAGGCCCUGCCGGAGUACCUGCAACGGAGGGACAUGACGAGGCUGGGCAAGAAGGGGGCCACAAAGUACAGGGACAUGCGGUCCGAGGACACCGGCCGCUGGGGCGAAUUUCACGACUCGAGGGCCGGCAAGUUGGGCGGCGAUGGGAGGUUCCGGCCCGACGACGAGCGGUUCAAGCCGGACGAGAGGGACGCAAAGGGCGCCAAUGCGAUCCCGCUGGGCGACAAGGAGCGGCGAAGAGACGACGGGAGGGGGGACAAUUACAGGCCGCGGGAUGGGCCAAGGUCAAGGUCACGGUCGCGGUCACGGUCGCCGACGAGGAAAGACAACAUGCGGAGGAAGAGGAGUACCUCCGGGCGUGCAUUUGACGGCGAUAAGCGGCGGAGGGUCGACGACAGGUGA